UAGUAGACUACCUCAUAAUUUUUUUUAUUUCUUGUUCUCUAUGUUGCCUAGGAUGCUUUUUAUAUUCUCAGGGACAAAAUAAGGUGCUAGUCUUCCUCUCUUUCUUCAGCAUAGCAUCUGCACAGACAUGGAGCCAGCCAGCUCUUCCUAAAAGAACAUCUGGAAAGAAUGAUUUCCAUGGCAGCAUUAUGGAUUGGGGUUUUUAAUUUGAAGGGAUUCCCUUUGCUGAGCCAUCUUUAUGUAUUUUCUUUCCAUCUAGUCUUUUGUUCUGGGAUUGUAUAGUGGGUGGUAGGAUGAUGUGACACACUAGAAUCUACUUUUUCAUUUUAGGCUCACACAUUACUAAUGUAGCAGGCGGUUCUUUCUCAUUGCUACUUCUCUGAUUAUAUCACGUUCUCCAUUCUCUUUCAGUGCUCCAUGUUUUGUUUAGAUUCAGAGCAUAUUAGAGAGUUAAUGUACAUUUGUCAAUGCAGCUCAAUAAGAGGUGAUUAUUAGGACACCACAUCACUUACCACCUUUGUGGUGAUAUACUGAAAAAUGGCUGGAUGCUUUUACUUGACCAUGGGUGUGACCUCUUAAGGUAUUAUUGCAAGUGUGUUUCGCUUUUAUGGAGUGUGUGUGUUUGUGUGUGUAUGUGUGUCUUAUUCAUCAAGCCAUUCCUGUAGUAAGAAAUAGGUCCAUGCCCCCACCUCCUCAUGAGAAACUAGAGGACUUUGGUACAAACGUGAUUGCUGAGUUCUCUUCAUGGAGCACCAGUAAACAAAAAGUUUAAAUAUUUAUUCAAGUCAAACUAAAGGAGGUGUAAGCACUAUUGUUGCAUCAAUCAGUAGGAGAAUUUAGAAUUUGAACUGUUUAAGUGAAAGUCACUGUUUGAUGAAGAAGCUUGUUAACAUUGUGAACUUUAUUUUGUAUUUGUGGGCUUGAUAAAUCCUGAGUGUUUUUAAUAUGGUAUUUCAUAAUUACUUUCAGAAUGAAAUAAUGAAUAAACAGACUUUUGUUACUUCUAAACUCAGGAAGUUUGCAAAUGGGAUCUUUGAUAAUCUUAUUUGUAUAUAAGACAGUGAGUGCUGAUCACACUACUACUGAGAAGUUUGGAUCCCCACCUCUAAGAAUCUUCAGCUUUUCAAUAUUGCUUCUCUUCUCUCUUUAUUUACAGCCCCCAACACUCUGAACAGGUGUAUGUUCUUUGUGAUUCUUUCUACCUUAAAAACAAAAGAAGACUUUCUGUUUUUGUUCACGAGUAUCUAACAUCCUUUAGGAGAAUUCUCCUCCUUUAUCUUCUAGGAAAUAAUACGGAAUUCUUGAUAGGUUUUUGUACCUAGUUAGAAGGUAUUGAGUCCACAAAUAGACAAAAAGCAUAGAAGUGAUACAACUAAAACUAGGACAAAUGCCAAGUUAGAGCAGAUUUUGUUUUAAUUUUGUGAAGAAAUGCUUAUUAUAGAAAUGUAAAAUAUAUAGAAGAGUAUGAAGAAGGAAAUGAAUUUGCUGUCAUCCUCAAAACUGGAGAUAGCUACUGUCACUUAAAAUUUUUUUAAUGUACCAUGGUCCCUCAGUAUCCAUGGGGGCUUGGUUUCAGGACCCCCUGCAGAUACUAAAAUUCGAGGAUGUUUGAGUCCCUUUUAUAAAAUGGUGUAGUAUUUUUGUGUAAUCUAUGCACAUCCUUCCGUAUACAGUCAUGUGUUGCGUAAUGACAGACCACAUAAAUGACAUCAGAUUUUGCUGCCUGUUUUUACUGUACGUUUUCUGUGUUUAGAUACACAAAUACUUACCAUUGUGUUACAGUUGCCUGCAUUAUUCAGUAGAGUAACAUGCUGAGCAGGUUCAUAGCCUGGGAACCAUAGGCUAUACCAUGUAGCCUAGGUGUAUAGUAGGCUAUACCGUCUAGGUUUGUGUAGCUACACUCAGUGAUGUUUGCCCAAGGAUGAAAUUGCCUAAUGACACAUUUCUCAGAAUGUACCCCAGUUGUAAAGCAAUGCAUGACUGUAUUUUGAAUCAUUUCUAGAUUACUUAUAAUACCUAAUACAGUGUAAAUGCAGUGUAGAUAGUUGCUAUACUGAAAUUUGUAAUUUUUUUUAUUGUUGUAGUGGUUUUUUGUUUUUGGUUUUUUAGGUUUUAUUUGAGACGGUCUCGCUGUCAACCAGACUAGAAUGCAAUGGAAUGAUCACAGCUCAUUGCAGCUUUGACCUCCCAACUCAAGGGAUCCUCUCACCUUAGCCUCCUGAGUAGCUGGGAUUAUAGGCACAUGCCUCCACACCCAGCUAACUUUGUUUUUUUUGUAGAGACGGAGUUUCAUCAUGUUUUUCAGGUUGGUCUUGAACUCAUGGGCUCAAGCAAUAGCCUGCCUCGGCCUCCCAAACUGUUGGGAUUACACAUGUAAUCACCACUACCCCCAGCCUCUGCUGUUAUUUUUAAUGGGAUUUUCCCAAAAUAUUUUCUGUCUGCAGUUUCUUCAAUCUGCAGGUACAGAACCCAUGGACACAGAGGGCUGACUGUAUAUAUCUUUUGAUUAAUUUAAAUAUUUUAAUUAAUUUAGAUGAUGCUGAAUGUUUAUGUAUCCUUGUGUUUGUGUGUCUCGUGCAGUUAAAUUUUUUCCAAAACAUUAUUUUCAAUAUUAAUAUAAUGCUGUAUGAGUGUAACGAAGUAUUCUCACGUGGCUUCCAAUUCUUCUCCUAUUACAAACAACUUUUAGGGAAAAAUCUGUACAUGACUCUGAUUAUUUCCUUAGGAUUGAGUUACAGAAAUUACUGGGUUAAAGGUAUGAAAAUUAUUUUAAGUUUCUACAUGAAUAUUGGUAACUUCUCAAUAGGCAUUUUAAAAUUGUCUUUAUUAUUCACUAUGUAUAAAAUGCUUGAGUACUGAGAGGACCAGAGCAGGGCAUGCCCCUCUGGUUGUCUGGGGCAGUUCUUCCUCCCUUAAUGGUGUGACACUAAUUCAGACAGAUUUGCCCAGGGAACCAGAAUUAGUAAGACUUUUUAUCAUACUUGAAAUAUUUUAUGGAGUAAUUGCUAAAGAAGGAGCUUUUGAUAAUUGUUUAAAGCAACUCAGAUAUUAAUGUAUACCAGUGGUCUAAGACUGAUUAUGACAGUGUUCCAGUUGGAAGGGGAAUAACAACUACUCAGACAUAGCAAACAAAUUAAUGCUGACCGUUAUUGCCUUUUAGUUUGAUUUGGUAUGUGUUUAUUAAGUGUGCUAUGUUGUGUAUGUGGCUUUUACAGUGCUAGAAAAUGUAGUAUUUAAAAGUAGAGAAGGGACGUAAUGGUCAUCUUUAUGAACAAGGGAUAUAAAGGAACCCAGGAAUUCACAGAUAGUUUUAAAUGAGAGUUCAUUUUUUAUCAUUUAUAUAUGUUACUCUCUUUUUGAAGAAAAUUAAUACGCUGUUUGAAACUUUAGGUUUGCAUAUACUUGAGUAACUACAUACAAAAUGUAUCCUUUUGUGCAGGUAUGAAGAUGCUUGAUACACAGUGUAGACGGAAAGCAGAAGCAUAGUGGUGCCUUUUAUUGUUCUUUCAAUUUCACUGAUUCUAAUUAUAGAAGCUUACAUCACCUUGGUUGAUGAUGAUGGUUUCUCUCUCCUUCUUGGUUUGUCUUCCUCUAUUACUCUCUAAGGAUGGAUCGUAUUUCAUAGUGCAUGUGUGUCCAGCUGGUGGCUGUGACAGAUUUUCAACAAAAAUGGGGGUGAUCAGUUAGUGGAUAUAUAUGACAGUAUGCUGAAGCGCACUGCUUCUUAUAAGAGAAUAAAAGAGCGUUGGUACUCUUGCCUCCCUUCCUUCAUGAAGGCUGAGGAAUAGGUAUGCAGUUUGAAAGCAGAAGUCCUAAGGGGCACCAGUAAUUAGAGUUAACUGUGUCUGAUAACUGCAAAGAUGCAUUUCAGAUGUUCAUGUUAAACAUGGGGGAAAAGGGGUGGAAAAGAUUGUUAUGAUCCUUUGAAAGGACUUGUAUGUUACCUAUGAUCGUUUCAGUCAUUUAUUCAUUUAUUUUCCAAAAGACUUAAAGUGUUUUCGCUAUGUAAAUCAGUACAAUUUAAGUUUAUAUUUCAAAAACCAAAUAUAACUAAAAUACAGAAAUGAAUGUCCUCUUUAUUUUGUAAAACUACAGAAUUUUUCUUUUGUUCUUUGACUUCUUUGGAGUUUGACUUCUCUAAAUUGUGAUUAUAAUAUUUCACUGCAGAUUGGGAAUAAAUUCCAUUUAAAAAUAUAAUAAGUAAAUAAAAUGCCUGGGUUAGUAUAAAUCCAGUUUUUGUUAUCAUUAGUUUUGUUUGUUUUUCAUAAUGCCUAGAAUGUAUAUCCUCUUAUGGCUUACCUUCAUCUAUGGUAACCUUUCUCUGUCCUUCUUUUCAGUGUUGUCACAUAUUAACAUAAAAGAUAUGUUUACAGUUAGUUUAGUAACUAUCAGAACCUUAUCUUUGGCUUUCUAAACAAUAUGAUUUUAAGUAUUUCAGUUUGUAUUUUUGUUUAUAAAUAAUAUACACAGUUAACAAAUUUUAAUAACUACAUGGCAUUUACACUUUUAUAAAAGUAUUUUGUCAUGAUUUGAAUCUUUGCAAAGUCAACAUACAUUGCUCUAUUUUAUAGUAGUGCAAAAGACCUUUCUAAAGCUAAAGAUUUCAUUAAUAGGGGUUAGCAUCAUGGCAUUUCAUAUGCAGGAGAAACGUGUUCAUAAGUGGCUUUCCUGUAGUGAUUCCUAGACAAUAGGUAAAUCAGGACAUUCUCCUUUGCUGCACUUAAUUCAUUUGAAUUGAUAAGAUAAUGAGAUGAGAUCGUGAUAAAAUUCUAAAAGUGAUGCAAGUGAAAAAUAGGUUAUUCACCUAGUCAUUUAUUUUAGUUAUUUGAUAAAUUACUGUUCUCUUCAAAGGAUGUUUAUUUCUUCAUUCAGUAGUUAAAAGGUGAAGUCAUUAUUUCCUCAGAAUGCUGGUGGAUCCCCGUGUUGAGUAUGGAAUUUGGCCUGUUUCUUUUCUUGGUAUUGUUACACAGGGAGAUUUAGCAUGAUAGGUUCACUAUACAGUUCCCUGGAAUCGAAGAUACUAUGAGAUGAUUGGUAGAAAAGGAAAAGGAUGAUGUCAUCUUCACUUACAAGCCAAACUAAAGGAAAAGAGAAUUUUGUUCCUUUACUGAGUUGGUGUUUACUACAGUAGGUCUAACAUAUGGCACUAGUGGAUUGCAUUUCUCACACUGGGCAGCAGUUUUUUAAAGCAGCUAAGAGAUGGCUGUCUCCCUUGCCCAGCUUGAGGUCCUUCUUUGUGUGUUGAUCAGCAUGAUUUAUAAAAAGGGGGAAAGGUGUGCAUUAAAAUUUUGCUUUUUGAUUCGGCUAUAAUAUAUUCUGUUGGUACUAUACAUGAAUAUAAUUACUGUCUGGUGUUGAAAUUCUUGGUAUUCUUGAAUCUUGCUACUGAUAUUUAUGUGUAAAAUACUCAUCUUUUAGAAAUUUUAUCUUAAGUGAAAGUUUGUCUUCAUGUACAUACAAAGUACCUACUAUCAUUUUUCUAUUUUAAAGAAUGAUUAACAUUAGAUUUUAAUUAAUGUACAAUAUUAAGUAUCAAGUGGAAUUCCAACUCACGUAUGAUUGAGUUAAAUUAAACUGAAAAAAAAAAAAACACAUUGGUGCUUGAAAAUCAACCUGUAUAAAUAUUGCAUGUUUUAUGUUUAGAAAACUAGUCAUGCUUGUUUGCAUUUGUGAGAUUUAAUUUUAUAUUUAAAUGCGGGUAUUGUGUAUUUUGGUAUUGUGUCUUUUGGAAUUUUGGCAGAAAAACAUUCUUAAAAGCUUUAUGAAAAUCUAAAUAAUUACAUAUUUUGAAAGCAUAACUUGUCUUUGUUCAAAAUUUUACUUAGUUUAACUUAAAUUCUAGCUUUAUAAGUAGCAGUGUAAUUCAGAUUGGCAGCAUAGUGUUGUUCAGAAAGUGACUCAGACUUUUCUCAAAGAUAUUGAAGAACUUAUUUUUUUUGUGCUUAACAACAAGAUAUUUCUUCUGCAGUCAGUGGAGUCCUUUGUUAAAAGACCUGUCUCCCAGGUAACAUCUCCUCUUAUGUUGCACACCCCAUUUUCCCCAAAAUAAAAGUGUUAGGUAAAUAAAGCAAAAUAAUUACAUUGCUUUGAUUUGUUCAGUGAUUGUUUUUCUCAUAAUUUUGCCGCCUGGAGGUAUAACUAACUAUAUUUUACUAUUGGGAACUGUCUUUCUUUGGCCACUAGGAGCAACCAUUGCAAGCUUAGUUGGAGUAUCUAGUGCCUUGUAGCAGAAGCAUGAAGAACAAGGAUGGGUACUAGUGGUAUUGUGUUUCAGAUGGAAGAGGGUGUGGCAAAAUUAAAAUCUUUUUCUGUAAUUUCUAUAGAAAAAUGGGGCAAUUUUUUUUAGUCCACACUCACUCUGGAAGCAGGUUUAAUCAUUUUCUUUGAUUUCUUCUGAGUGAGUUUUGCUGGCUUCUUGUCUUUUUCUAGGAAUUCAGCAUUGGGCUACAGGAAAGUACCAUGUUGUGUAGAUUAUUCUUUCUCAAAGAAGUAGGUGCCAUUGGGCUACAGGAAAGUACCAUGUUGUGUAGAUUAUUCUUUCUCAAAGAAGUAGGCGCAUGCUGCAACUAUUGGUGUACAUCUGAUUUUUUUCCAGCUUCCCUUUGCAAAAUGAAAUUCUAUUGUUUCCAUUUAAAUUUACUAUCUACCUACAAAUCUUAGUACUAGUUUGUAUAUUCUUAAUGUUAAUUUAGAGUGAUCCUGAAGGUUAUAUCUUUCAGAACAGUUAUUUGAUAAAUAGCAAAUUUUGCAAGCAGAAACCCCUUGUUAACAAAUACAUGUGACAUCUGAGAACCUAGGCUGCUUUGUUUAUUUGGAAUGCAAUGGUAUCUUAUCAGAGCUUAUAAUUUUACCUUGGGAGGACAAUACUGUAUUACAUUUGAAUAAUAAUAGGAAAUAUGGCUUCCCAAAUAUAGCUGUGUAUCAAUGUACAGAAUUAAAAAUCAAAAUGGAUUUUUAAAACUGUGAAGUAGAAAGGGUUCUCAAGCCAAUUUUUUUCUUAAAGAAUUUAGCUUGCUGACGUGUCUCAUGGAAAGGAGGAUGGUGUGUGUGUGUGUGUGUGUGUGUGUGUGUGUAUGUAUGUUUUCAAUAAAUUGCUCUUCGGGCUACAUCUGCAGAUACAGUAGCCAAUUGAUCUAAUGCAGUUUCUGGAGGCUUUCUGUACAGGUGAUGUCAUCCUUUUAGCUCUAUUCUCCUCCCACUCUCUUUCCUUCUUAUUAGAUAUUUCAUCUUACUGCAGAGCAUAGAAUCAAUAGGAGCUUCUCCUUAGGGAGCUGCUUUGAAACAGGCAAGGACAGUAGGAAUUAAGACACUAACAUUCAGUCUUGCUUUAGCAGAAGAUAUAAUGGUUUUGUACCAUAUUAUAUAAAAAUGUUUAACCAGAAAAGCUAGACUUAAAUCAACAGUGCUGUUUUACUGAUACAUUAGAAUAAGAAACAGUGCUGCAGAGCUGUAAACAGUGCAUGUGAAUAGAGAAAAUAAUUACAGUUUUGGAGAUUCUUAGACAUUCUACAGGACAAACCUGUUACAGCAUAUAUCAUCUAACUGCCAUUUGCUCAACGUUUUUUUUUUUUUUUUUUAAACCUCUGGUGGUUAAGAAUAUAAAGAAGAAACUUUAAUCUUCAGGAUACAAUGUUUGCUUUUGAUGCAGAAGAAUCACUGCAGUGCUUGUUCUACAGAAUGAAAUAAGUUGAAGAAAAGACAAAGCUAUAUUACAGAGAGGAAAGGUUUCACGGAAUCCAGGAACACAGAUUUGGUGCAUGUUGCGUGAUUUGCUUUGACUGAUACUGUAUUAACUGUUGUGCUACCACUCUGCAUGUCUGUGCCAGGUGCCUGAGGCCGCAUGUAUAUGUCUGUAUAUUCUGAGCCAGAAUUGUAAACAUCUUCAUUUACUGUGAUUUGCUUGUUAAAGUGAACGUUUUAAUUUAGAACAAUACUUUACUGAAAGCUCCUGAUUUCAGUUUUAAAAGGGGUUUGGAGAGGCUGCCUUUAUAUAAACACUGCAGUGGUGUAUGAUUUGUAAGAAGAAACUUAACAGAAUUUUAUCACCGUACUCAUCACUGUAGCUCUGGUUUGAAAAGGAAACUACCCUUUCCAGCCUAGGAAAUGGCUUUUCUUGUUCGCUGUUAUGCCAAUUGUCUUCAGCCAUGGGCCUCCAAACUUCCAGCUGAUCUUACCAAGAUGCAUCUCACAGAAAACCCUCAUCCACACGUGACUCAUGUGUCUUCUAGUCAGUCUGGUUGUAGCAUUGCCAGUGACUCUGGAAGCAGCAGUUUAUCUGAUAUCUAUCAGGCUACGGAGAGUGAGGUAGGAGAUGUAGAUUUGACACGUCUUCCAGAAGGACCUGUUGAUUCUGAGGAUGACGAAGAGGAAGAUGAAGAGAUUGAUCGAACAGAUCCAUUGCAGGGGCGAGAUCUUGUUCGAGAAUGUCUUGAAAAAGAGCCUGCAGACAAAACUGAUGAUGACAUUGAACAAUUGCUGGAGUUUAUGCACCAGCUCCCUGCAUUUGCAAACAUGACCAUGUCUGUAAGGAGAGAACUCUGCUCAGUGAUGAUUUUUGAAGUGGUAGAGCAGGCUGGAGCUAUUAUUCUUGAAGAUGGGCAAGAGCUUGACUCAUGGUAUGUUAUUUUAAACGGCACUGUGGAAAUCAGUCAUCCAGAUGGAAAAGUUGAAAAUUUGUUUAUGGGAAAUAGUUUUGGAAUUACUCCCACUCUGGAUAAGCAGUACAUGCAUGGAAUUGUCAGGACUAAAGUAGAUGAUUGUCAGUUUGUCUGCAUAGCCCAGCAAGAUUAUUGGAGAAUUUUAAACCAUGUGGAAAAAAAUACCCAUAAAGUUGAGGAAGAGGGAGAAAUUGUUAUGGUACAUGAGCAUCGGGAACUAGACCGGAGUGGAACCAGGAAAGGACACAUUGUGAUCAAGGCAACACCUGAGCGUCUCAUAAUGCAUUUAAUAGAAGAACAUUCCAUCGUGGAUCCAACUUAUAUAGAAGAUUUUCUAUUAACUUAUAGGACAUUUCUUGAAAGUCCUUUGGAUGUUGGGAUCAAACUAUUGGAAUGGUUUAAGAUCGACAGCUUAAGAGAUAAGGUGACACGGAUUGUAUUAUUAUGGGUAAAUAAUCAUUUUAAUGAUUUUGAAGGUGACCCUGCUAUGACUCGAUUUCUAGAGGAAUUUGAAAAAAAUCUGGAAGAUACAAAGAUGAAUGGUCAUCUCCGGUUAUUGAAUAUUGCCUGUGCUGCAAAGGCUAAGUGGAGACAGGUUGUGCUGCAAAAGGCUUCCCGCGAGUCCCCUCUACAAUUCAGCCUUAAUGGAGGGAGUGAGAAGGGAUUUGGUAUUUUUGUUGAAGGAGUAGAACCUGGUAGCAAAGCUGCUGAUUCAGGACUGAAACGUGGUGAUCAGAUUAUGGAAGUAAACGGACAAAACUUUGAGAAUAUUACAUUUAUGAAAGCUGUUGAAAUUUUGAGGAAUAAUACUCAUCUUGCACUUACUGUGAAGACCAACAUUUUUGUGUUCAAAGAGUUACUUUUUAGGACUGAACAAGAGAAAUCUGGUGUUCCUCAUAUUCCCAAAAUUGCUGAAAAAAAAAGUAAUCGCCAUUCUAUCCAGCAUGUGCCAGGAGAUAUUGAACAGACAUCACAGGAGAAAGGAAGUAAGAAAGUUAAAGCAAAUACUGUUUCAGGUGGAAGAAACAAAAUCAGGAAGAUUUUGGAUAAAACACGAUUUAGUAUCUUGCCUCCAAAGCUAUUUAGUGAUGGAGGCCUAAGCCAAUCACAAGAUGACAGCAUUGUGGGAACAAGGCACUGUAGGCAUAGUCUGGCUAUAAUGCCCAUCCCUGGAACACUCUCAUCCAGCAGCCCUGAUCUCCUGCAGCCUACCACCAGUAUGUUGGAUUUUUCCAAUCCUUCAGCUGUUGGUUUUUAUUAUAUCCCCGAUCAAGUUAUAAGAGUUUUCAAAGUGGAUCAGCAAAGUUGCUACAUUAUCAUCAGUAAAGACACCACAGCUAAAGAAGUAGUUUUUCAUGCUGUUCAUGAAUUUGGUUUGACCGGUGCAUCCGACACAUAUUCUCUCUGUGAAGUUUCUGUUACUCCUGAGGGUGUCAUAAAACAGAGAAGACUUCCAGAUCAGUUCUCCAAAUUAGCUGAUAGAAUUCAACUCAAUGGAAGGUAUUACUUAAAAAAUAACAUGGAAACAGAAACCUUAUGUUCAGAUGAAGAUGCUCAAGAACUAGUUAAGGAAAGCCAGCUAUCCAUGCUGCAGCUCAGUACCAUUGAGGUGGCCACCCAGCUGUCAAUGAGGGACUUUGAUUUGUUUCGUAAUAUUGAACCGACUGAGUACAUCGAUGACCUUUUUAAGUUAAAUUCCAAAACAGGAAAUACUCAUUUGAAGAGGUUUGAGGACAUUGUAAACCAAGAGACAUUCUGGGUUGCCUCAGAAAUUUUAACUGAAGCAAAUCAGCUCAAACGAAUGAAGAUUAUUAAGCAUUUUAUUAAAAUUGCACUUCAUUGUCGAGAAUGUAAGAACUUCAAUUCCAUGUUUGCAAUAAUAAGUGGCUUGAACCUGGCAUCUGUAGCAAGACUCAGAGGAACUUGGGAAAAGUUACCAAGCAAAUACGAGAAACAUCUUCAAGAUCUACAAGACAUUUUUGAUCCAUCUAGAAACAUGGCAAAGUAUAGAAAUAUUCUUAGUAGUCAAAGUAUGCAGCCUCCAAUUAUUCCACUCUUCCCUGUUGUCAAGAAAGAUAUGACAUUUCUACAUGAAGGAAAUGACUCCAAAGUAGAUGGUUUAGUAAACUUUGAGAAGUUAAGAAUGAUUUCCAAGGAAAUCCGCCAAGUUGUUCGAAUGACUUCUGCUAACAUGGACCCAGCUAUGAUGUUUCGACAGAGGAAGAAGAGGUGGCGGAGUCUGGGGUCACUGAGUCAAGGAAGCACAAAUUCAAACAUGCUGGAUGUUCAGGGAGGUGCUCACAAAAAAAGGGCACGCCGCAGCUCUCUGCUUAAUGCCAAGAAGCUAUAUGAGGAUGCCCAAAUGGCAAGGAAGGUGAAGCAGUAUCUUUCCAGUCUGGAUGUAGAGACAGAUGAGGAGAAGUUCCAGAUGAUGUCAUUACAGUGGGAGCCUGCAUAUGGUACCUUGACCAAGAAUUUAAGUGAGAAAAGAUCAGCCAAAUCAUUUGAAAUGUCUCCAGUGCCUAUGAGGUCAGCUGGCCAAACAACUAAAGCCCACUUGCAUCAACCCCACAGAGUAAGCCAGGUGCUUCAGGUGCCAGCUGUUAAUUUGCACCCCAUCAGGAAGAAGGGACCAACAAAAGACCCUGCACUGAAUACAAGUUUACCUCAGAAAGUUUUAGGAACAGCUGAAGAAAUAAGUGGUAAGAAGCAUACAGAAGACACUAUUUCUGUGGCGUCAUCUUUACAUUCUAGUCCUCCUGCAUCUCCUCAAGGUUCCCCUCACAAAGGUUACACACUUAUUCCAUCAGCUAAAUCUGACAACUUGUCUGACUCCAGCCAUAGUGAGAUUUCUUCACGGUCCAGCAUCGUGAGCAAUUGUUCUGUCGACUCCAUGUCUGCAGCUCUACAGGAUGAACGGUGUUCCUCUCAAGCCUUGGCAGUCCCUGAAUCCACUGGGGCAUUGGAAAAGACAGAGCACCCUUCAGGGAUAGGAGAUCAUAGUCAACAUGGCCCUGGGUGGACACUCUUGAAGCCAUCUCUAAUCAAGUGUUUAGCUGUCUCAUCGUCUGUGAGCAAUGAAGAGAUUUCUCAUGAGCAUAUCAUUAUAGAAGCAGCUGACAGUGGUCGUGGAAGUUGGACUUCGUGUUCAAGCAGCUCCCAUGACAACUUCCAAAGCCUUCCAAACCCAAAAAGCUGGGAUUUUUUGAACUCUUACAGACAUACCCAUUUGGAUGACCCCAUUGCUGAAGUUGAACCCACUGACUCUGAGCCCUAUUCCUGUUCUAAAAGCUGCUCUAGAACUUGUGGGCAGUGUAAAGGAAGCCUAGAGAGAAAGAGUUGGACCUCCUCCAGUUCUCUGUCUGACACGUAUGAACCAAACUAUGGGACAGUUAAACGGAGAGUAUUGGAGAGCACCCCAGCUGAGUCAUCUGAAGGCUUGGACCCCAAGGAUGCCACUGACCCGGUUUAUAAAACUGUCACUUCAAGUACAGAAAAGGGCUUGAUUGUGUACUGUGUCACCUCACCCAAGAAGGACGAUAGGUAUAGGGAGCCACCUCCCACUCCUCCAGGAUAUUUGGGGAUUUCUUUAGCGGACCUAAAGGAAGGACCCCACCCACACCUAAAACCUCCAGAUUAUAGUGUGGCAGUGCAGAGGUCAAAGAUGAUGCAUAACAGCCUCUCUAGACUGCCACCAGCUUCUCUCAGUAGCAACCUCGUGGCCUGUGUUCCAUCGAAGAUUGUAACUCAGCCUCAGAGGCAUAAUUUGCAGCCAUUCCAUCCUAAACUAGCAGAUGUGACUGAUGCAGAUAGCGAAGCAGAUGAAAAUGAACAAGUUUCAGCAGUCUAGCCUUUGGAUGACCUAUUUGAAAACCACUGAAAGUCGUGGAGGAAUGGGCAAGAACCACCUCAUGAUUCUGCAGGCCAUUGCUAACGAACAGCUCAUUGCUACGACCAGUCCAGAGGUUUUAUUCCCUCUACUCCGAGCAAUGAAAUAGACCUGAGUUAUGCUUCCUUUCAUUUAAUUUCUGCAGAUAAAUAGUUUCCUGAGCAAUGGAUGCUAUGCCUGGAUACCAGUCUCCACUUUGCACGCCAGAACUGCCUUGGGACCACAGUUACAGAAAAAAUUUAAACUCAGAGUGAUCCUUGUGUAUAUUGCUAUAGAUUUUUCUUUAACAAGCUAUUUUAAAGAUAAUGGCAUUAUUAUUUCCAAGCCAUAGCUUGGGCUGAAGGACAAAUUGAGAUUGUCUGCCAAUACCAAGGAUAUUCUUGUAUAUUUGAAAAAUAACUUAUUAUUUGAAUUGUUGUGGUUUUGUUUGUAUUUGAGAGCUCUUGUUAGCUGAUAUUCAUGUUUGAGGUCAUAAAAUUGUCUCUGGUCUGACCAAACAGAAGUCAUCUUUACAGAGGUGAUAUGCUUGAUCUACACAGAGAUGUGACUUGAUCUGUAGCACCAAUGCAAUGUAGGUCUCAGUUUGAGAGAAAUAGGAAGCCCUUUGCAGUUGAGGUGUUAGGAACCUGCUGGUCAUGGUGUGGAAGGCCAAAUGAAGCUGCCACAGGGUUUCUUGUCAGUCCUUUGGGAAAUGGGAGGGAGUAGUUUGGGGAGGAGGGUGGGAACCCUAAUUUCCACAGAAUGAAAUUUUGAUGUUAAAUGACAUGUAUACAAAUUCUUUCUUAAGUGAAAGUUAUGGUGCAUCGAAUUGUAACUGAAAGUAUAGAUCCAACAAAUAGAGACUGGGUUCUAGAGAGUUCUGGUCUAUAGAAACCCAAAACUAAAAUCUCUCAUAACUCAAGUAUGGAAUACUUUUUUUAAAGAAAUUCUUAUCAUGGGUGUUGUAAUAAUGAAGAUGAAUUUGACUUUAUGCAGUGUUCUGCAGCAUGCCUCCCCCACAUCUCAUAGCACCAGGUUGUGUCUGACCUGACAUACCCUACAGCUCUCAGCUGGCUGCAGUAACAUUUUGUGGGAGAAAGAGGAGCUGGAGUUACAGAAAUGAUUGUCUCUUGGUUCUCAGUUUUUAGCCCUUGAGAGGACAUACUUUUCCAGCCUCAUGGGUAUGGCACUCUUAAUUAAAAUUUCAGUGACUGUUUACUGGAUGAGGCAGAUUUUUCACAUUUUUGCAAAUUAAAUAUAUUUUAUAUAUAUUAAGUUUAAUUUUUUCAAUUUUUUCAAUGUAAAAGCAAGUGAAAUUUUAAUAAACUUCUGUAAUUACCAAAAAAAAAAAAAAAAAAGCCAAAGCCAUUAACAUGCACUACCCAGAUCAACUUGGAGCCAAAAGGGGUUUACUUCUGAAUGGCUGUCCGUAUGUGUCCACAUAGGAUUUAGUUGGUUUGUGGCCUCCUUUAUAGAAAUGUGUUGUCUUUCCCUAGCUGUCUCUGCUCUCUGUCUUCCUGCCUAUCCCCCUUCAUUUUAAAAUCAUGAAUCAGUUGUAAGUGGUAAAUGGUAGUAGUUCAUCUUUCCCAUCAACAUGAUUGUCUCUUUAUUUUAGGAAUAAUAGCAUGUCAAAAAUUCCUGUGGUAAAGAAACAUUAAUCUGAAACUUAAGCCUUAGAAAUUAAUCGCAGGUAUGAUAGAAUAAGGCUUGGUGGUUCCAUAGCUUUCUUGGUCCUUUGAAAUGGGAAAUAACCUGAACCAAAAAUCCUAGUUUGAAAGUUACACUUCAGUGAUUUGGCCUAUAAACAGUGGUCCUAUGAUUAUACAUUUUUUCCUUCACUGAUUUGCAUAAUUUUGUUUUCAUGGCCACAGCUAAACAAUGUGAAAUAUAUUUUUAUUAUACCCACUUUUUUAAUCAAGUUCAGAUGUCUACUCUCACCAUUUUAUAUUCAUUUCUCCAGAAAAAUGUGCUGUUUUCAUAAUGUCUUUAUUUAGCAGCUCUUUCAAACCAAAUGGAAGCCUUACCUGUCUUUGUCCUUAAUAGUGUAAAUAUCUUGCACAGAGUGUUGAGGCCUAUGGUUUUGUACUUGCACCUUACAGCUGCCUUUGUUUUAUCUAUCUAGCUUUAACUGUGAGUGUUCAUAUCAGCUGAUCACAUUGAUCAGGAGCCAAAGCCAAAUGCUUUGUAGUUUGUUAUGUAUGUAUCCCUUAAAAAAUCAUGAGGUUUUGAUUUUUAUAUUUUAACUAAGGGUACAUUCCUGCCGUCUCUUAGUUUGUCAUAUGACUAGAACAAGAGAAGUCUUAACCUGCAUUUACUCCAAUUCCAGAUCUCCAUUUGUUUUUGUUUUAUAAAUUUAUAAUCUUAAUGAAGAGACUAGUGCCCUCUCUUCCUGCCACAACUCUCAAUCUGCCAAGACUGUUGAAGCAGUUAACGCUCAGUGCAAACUUUUGCCAAAUAGUAAGUUUCAACACAAUAUCUUUAUAGUGAAAGAUUUUGAGAAUUAGUAAAUCCAGUACAUGAUUCCAUAAAAGCUUAUUAAAGUUAAUAAUUCUAAUUUACUCCAAAUGAUUACUUUCAAUAUGAUCUUUGGGGAGAAAAAGACUUUAGUGAAUUCUCUUGAGGGUGAUAAAUCACGUCAUUGCGAUCUACAUCACCUCCUUGAGAAUCUCUCCCAGGCUGAAAAUGUGAUGGUAAUCAUGGGUGUUUUUAAGAACAAAUCUAAUUUUUAUCAAGUGUUCUUUCCUCUACAAAAAAGGAAGGAGGAGAAAAAGCUUCCUUAAAACUGAUUAUUUUGAUUCAAUUUUAAGUUUCUAAAAAAGGUGAUAUUAAAGUAUAUGUAUUCCUUCAGCGUUACCUUAAAGGCUAGAAAAACGGGAUAAAUCUUCAGAAAAGUGUCACAGUACAUGUUCAAAUUUAAACUUGAAUCCUGGUUCAUCUUUGACUUUUGUUGUGCAUUUUUAAUGCUUCUUUAUUUUUGAUACACAGAAUGCAGUUGAACUUGAUCUUUUAAAAUUGAGACAUGUAAGCUAAUCAGCAAAAGACAGAAACAAAACUGCACAUCUGUAAUAAUCAGAUAGCAAUUCUACUGCACAAUUCAUUGAUUGUAAGGUAUCCUGUAGCAAGCAAUGUUUGUCUCCUAUUUUUUGAUACCUCUUAAACUUAUGUCUUUUAGAAAGACAGUGCCUCUGUAUGCUUUUUGUAUUUUUACUGAGUGUAAAUAUUUGUUAUAUUUUUGGUUAAGAGAAUGUAAAAAUACCAUUUAUUAUUAUCCUAUCUACUAAUACAUUGGUGGAAUCAAUAAAGAAUCUACAUUAA